AUGCUGUCUCACGCCGACCUCCUGGACGCCCGACUCGGAAUGAAAGAUGCAGCCGAGCUGCUGGGACACCGGGAGGCGGUGAAGUGCCGGCUGGGCGUAGGGGGCUCUGACCCGGGAGGGCACCCGGGAGACAUGGCUCCCAACUCGGACACGGUGGAAGGGGCCACGCUCCUGCCCGGGGAGGACAUCACCACGGUGGGCUCCAACCCGGCCUCCUUGGCAGUCAGCGCCAAAGACCCCGACAAGCAGCAGGGGCAGCCGGGCGGGCAGAACCCCAAUCAAACGGGACAGCAGCAGGGGCAGCAGAAACAGAAACGGCACCGGACCCGCUUCACCCCGGCGCAGCUUAACGAGCUGGAAAGGAGCUUCGCCAAGACCCAUUACCCAGACAUCUUCAUGAGGGAGGAGCUGGCCCUGAGGAUCGGCCUCACCGAGUCCCGGGUCCAGGUCUGGUUCCAGAACCGGCGCGCCAAGUGGAAGAAGCGCAAGAAGACCACGAACGUGUUCCGGGCGCCGGGCACGCUGCUGCCCACGCCGGGCCUGCCGCAGUUCCCCUCGGCCGCCGCGGCCGCCGCCGCCGCCAUGGGCGACAGCCUGUGCUCCUUCCACGCCAACGACACGCGCUGGGCCGCGGCCGCCAUGCCGGGCGUGUCGCAGCUGCCGCUGCCGCCGGCGCUGGGCCGCCAGCAGGCCAUGGCGCAGUCGCUGUCCCAGUGCAGCCUGGCGGCCGGGCCGCCGCCCAACUCCAUGGGCCUGUCCAACAGCCUGGCGGGCUCCAACGGCGCCGGCCUGCAGUCGCACCUCUACCAGCCCGCCUUCCCCGGCAUGGUGCCCGCCUCGCUGCCCGGCCCCAGCAACGUGACGGGCUCGCCGCAGCUCUGCAGCUCCCCGGACAGCAGCGACGUGUGGCGGGGAACCAGCAUCGCCUCCCUCCGCCGCAAAGCGCUGGAGCACACAGUCUCCAUGAGCUUCACCUAA